AUGCUUCUACCAUUAUCACUCGUUCUCAUCCUACUCGCAUGUGACGCCCGUCCAUCCUACGCGCACCAAAAACGUUCCUACUCUACACACAACUACUAUGUCCUACAACACGACCCUCGCGCGGGUGCAUCGCUGGCCGAAGCUACACGGGAACUAGGCGUAGAGGUGGUAGAACGCAUGGGGCAGCUGGACAACUACUGGGUCGUCCGUACGCCGAGCGAAGACACACUCCUUGACAGACGAAGAGCAGACAAUGUCUUGGAUACCUUUGAUGCCUUGCAACGGCGUGCAGCCGCUUUACAGACUUCGCGGUCGACCGCAUCGACGCAAGUCCGCCGCGUAGCUUCCUCUGUCAAAUUCUUGUCGAGGCAAGAGCCUCGCCAACGGACGAAACGAGCACCACCACCAAUUCGUCCAGGCGACCAGUCGACGCCUUCGCAGGCAGCUGUGAUUGCAGAACGUCUCAGUAUCCAGGAUCCUACAUUCCCUCAGCAAUGGCAUCUUGUCAACGACUAUUUCCCGCAACAUAUGAUGAACGUCACACCGGUCUGGGAGAUGGGCAUCACAGGAGAAGGUGUCAUUUCCGCUUUGGUAGAUGAUGGACUGGACUAUACAAGUGAUGAUCUAGCGGAUAAUUUCUGGGCGGCGGGGUCGUAUGACUACAACGACCAUGAACCUUUGCCAACUCCUAAGCUCUUCGAUGACCACCACGGAACUAGGUGUGCUGGCCAAAUUGGUGCAGUGAAGAACAACGUCUGCGGAGUCGGCAUCGCCUAUAACUCCAAGAUUGCUGGCAUUCGCAUACUUUCUGGGCCUAUCUCUGAUAUGGAUGAAGCGGCAGCGCUGAAUUUGGGUUAUCAAAACACCUCUAUCUAUAGCUGCAGUUGGGGUCCUCCCGACGAUGGCAGGGCAAUGGAAGCACCAGGAUAUCUCAUUCAGCGCGCUAUGGUCAAUGGUGUUGAGAACGGACGAGGUGGAAAGGGCUCUAUCUUCGUCUUUGCCAGUGGCAAUGGCGCCGCAUCUGGCGACCAGUGCAAUUUCGAUGGCUACACCAAUAGUAUCUAUUCUGUCACCGUGGCCGCAGUCGACUAUAAGGGUUUACACCCCACCUACUCAGAGUCGUGUGCAGCUAACAUGGUUGUCGCGUACAGCUCUGGCAGCGGGCAGCACAUUGUCACAACCGAUGUAGGUAAAAAUAAGUGCGCUUCCACUCACGGUGGUACGUCUGCCGCGGCGCCAAAUGCCGUCGGCAUCUUUGCCCUUGCUCUCUCCGUGCGACCUGAGUUGACAUGGCGCGACAUUCAGCAUCUUUCAGUUCGCACCGCAAAGGUUAUCAACCCGGACGACCCUGACUGGGACACAACUGCCUCUGGCCGUCGCUUUUCAUAUAAGUAUGGCUUCGGUGCCUUGAGCGGUAUUGAUUUCGUCAAUGCUGCCAAGACAUGGCAGCUCGUGAAGCCUCAAGCGUGGGUUGAGAUUCCCCCAGUCCAAGUUGCGAACGGCACAUGCGACCUUCUCGGAACCAUGGCUGGCGGUGCAGAGAUUGUUCCUGGAGGACUCCAGAGCACCAUUCAGGUCUCAAAGGAGACAUUAGGACAGAAUAAUUUCGAGACGUUGGAGCACGUUACUGUCAGGGUCUGGAUCACUCAUACUCGGCGAGGGGAUGUAGAGGUUGAGCUCGUCAGUCCCAAUGGUGUGAAGAGCAUACUGGCUGCUCGUAGACACGGGGACUCAGCCGACACCGGAUACCCUGGAUGGAGAUUCAUGAGCGUCAAGCAUUGGGAUGAGGAUCCCAUUGGUAACUGGACGAUUCGCGUCUCUGACAUUGGCACCGAAGGCCAUUCAGGUCAAUUCCUCGGUUGGAGUUUGUCUCUAUGGGGCUCUGCAAUCGACCCGACGAUCAAGAAGAAUUAUGAUAUCUCGCUCUUCGAGACUCUUCUGCCCGCGCUCCCCACCUCGACGCCUCAUCCAGGCCAGCCUUCUGCGACGUCCAAAACGCAUCCAAAGCCGACUGACCACCUACCCGAUAAUCACGGUACCGCGGAGGGCGAGGCCGAAAAACCAGCUUUCGGAUCUGGCGACGAGAACGAUAUUUCGCAAUCUAAGCCUGCCGAUCCCAAUGCCUCCAUGACCCCAACCCCUGAUGAGGGCUGGUUCUCCGAUAUGUCCAACCUCGUCUCGGACCAGAAAUGGUUUUUCGCUGCAAUUGGGGCCGUUGCGAUUUUCGGCAUAGCCACAGGCAUAUUCUUCUGGCGUCGCGCAGUGAGGCGGCGUCGUGCGGCCUAUGCAUCCUUGCCCGCCGGCGACGAUGUCGCAAUGCGUUCACUGCCGCACGGCGCACCACGCACGAAGGAAUUGUACGAUGCGUUCGGUGAGCCGUCCGACGACGAAGAUGCGGAUGAAGAGACUGGACUUCGUGGUGGGAGGCCCCAGGAUAGAUCACCAGGUGGACUGGGCUUCCAUUCUGGCUUCUUGGAUGACGAAGAGCCUCACACCGCAUCAUCGCCGCACCACGCUCAAUACAGAGAUGAGCCUGAAGAGCUGCGAGAGCAUAGGGCUAGCCCUAGUGGAAGUGGGAGCAGAAGUGAGAGUGCAGACGGUAGUUGGGAGCAUGCUUCCCAGACGCGAUAGGUGGACGUCGUAUCUACGUGGAGAAGUCGUAUUUUUUGCCUUCGCUUUGUUGUUCGAAUGGCCGUGUGGAUCUACAUUGAAUGGGAGAACCCUCAAUAAUAUUAUUGGCUACACCAUAUAUAAUAGCAUGCUUGACAGCGACCACAGUAGAAGAGUACUAUAAAUACACAAAAACAAGGACAUGGUAGGACAGAAUCACUCGAUGAAGCG